GAACAUUGGCCUGGAAAAGGGUAUUGAUUGGUUUGGUGGCAACAUCCUUCAUUUACCUUUUGUUCUGAAGAUGCCAGAGACAGAAGCUACAGAGAAAAUAAAUUCUAUCUGUAAAGGGAUCUUAAAAUUGAUUUUACUACUGCUAUUACUCUACCUAUUUGUAUGUUCCUUGGACAUUCUCAGCAGCGCUUUCCAGUUGGUUGGAGGGAAAGCUGCUGGGAUGCUUUUCUAUGGUGGUUCAAUAAUUUACAACCCCAUUGCUGGCCUGAUGAUCGGUGUCCUGGUAACGGUCAUGGUGCAAAGUUCCAGUACUUCUACAUCCAUCAUUGUCAGCAUGGUGUCCUCUUCACUGUUGUCAGUAAGAGCAGCAAUUCCAAUUAUCAUGGGAGCCAAUAUUGGGACUUCAGUCACCAAUACAAUGGUGGCCCUCAUGCAGGCUGGAGACAGAGAUAAUUUUCGAAGGGCUUUUGCAGGAGCUACUGUCCAUGACUUCUUUAACUGGCUGUCGGUGCUGGUGCUCCUGCCCAUGGAGGUGGUCACAGGCUACCUCCUCAGUAUCACUCGUGUCAUUAUUGACUAUUUUCACAUCAACAGUGGAGAAGAUGCUCCGGAACUGCUGAAAGUCCUCACCAAACCCUUAACAAAACUCAUCAUCCAGCUGGAUAAAAAAGUCAUAUUUGAAAUUGCCGCAGGAAAUGAGGCAGCAAAAAUCAAAAGCCUGGUAAAGAUUUGGUGUAAAACUUCAAAAAAUGUGUCUUUAAGCAACAUUACUGUAGCCUUCCGAGAAAAUUGUUCCUCUCCCACUUUAUGCUGGACCGAAGGGAACUUGACCUGGACACUCCACAACAUAACAUAUAAAGAGAACAUUGAAAAAUGUAAACACUUAUUUGUGAAUGUCCACCUGUCAGAUUCAGGCAUUGGACUCAUCCUUCUUUCCCUCUCCUUGCUGGUCCUGUGCACCUGUUUGAUAUUGAUUGUCAAGAUCCUGAACUCUAUGCUCAAGGGACGAGUUGCUGCAGUGAUUAAGAGGACUAUCAAUACAGAUUUCCCCUUCCCCUUUACCUGGCUGGCAGGCUACCUGGCCAUCCUUGUUGGAGCUGGGCUGACCCUUAUUGUGCAGAGCAGCUCUGUAUUCACCUCAACAAUCACUCCUCUGGUUGGCAUCGGCGUGAUCAGCCUGGAGAGAGCGUAUCCCCUGACCCUGGGCGCCAACCUCGGCACCACCACUACGGCCAUCCUGGCUGCACUGGCCAGCCCUGGAAGCACUUUGGAAGAUUCCCUCCAGAUUGCCCUGUGCCAUUUCUUCUUCAACUUGUCUGGAGUUCUUCUGUGGUACCCAGUCCCGUUCAUGCGCCUGCCGAUCCGUUUUGCCAGGGGCCUGGGGAAUAUCACGGCCACCUACCGUUGGUUCGCCAUGUUCUACAUGAUUGUCUGCUUUAUUGCCCUCCCCCUGGUUGUGUUUGGCCUCUCGCUGGCAGGUUGGACUGUGCUGGUGGGUGUCACGGCCCCCAUCAUCCUGGUGCUGCUAAUCAUAACGUGCCUGUGGACCUUUGAGGCCCACUACGUGUUACCCCUGUGGAUGCGCUCCCUACAGCCCUGGGACGAGAUCAUCAUGUUCCUCAGAGAAAAAUGCUGCCGGCACCGCUGCUGCUACUUUUUCGGUGUUUGCUGCAAAGUGGUGUUCCUGCCCUGGAAAUGGGGACUAAAGAGAAAGCGGGGAAAGGUCAAGGAAGUGCCCUCCAAGGCCUCUAGGAGUUUUAAUGACACUGGAUCCAUAACGAAAGAGGAGAAAAGUCCAGACUUGAAGGUCUCCAGCAGCAAAGUGUCCUUAUAGAGGUCAGUGGAUGAGAGGGGAAGUGAAAAGAUGGAUUAUUUCUUGUUCUAUUAUGUCCUCUCUCCCCCGAGUGCGGGAAGGGUAGAGGCAGAUGAUUAAUUAUUCAAUGGAAAAAUGGAACCAUGGACAUUUGCUACUCCUAUCCUCCACCCCAGAAUCCAACGCAUUGGCAUAUAGGGCUGGCUCAGCAUUGGCAGAAACUGUGAUCAAACCCUCGUCCUUUGCAGGGCCCCAGUUAUCCCUCACAUGACUUCUGGCUACCUAAGAGCCCUGGGACAAGAACCACAGGGACUGUACAAGAUGAAUCCUGACUGGGCCAGUUACUUACUCUCUCCAGAAACACUGGGGCUACAGGACUUGAAACAUUUUUAGAAUGAAAUAAUUAUUUUUCUUAAAUAAAUAUAGUUAGACUUAUUUUUAAAAAUAAGUGAGUUUGGUUUCUGAGAAGACCUGACUAUAAGUAGGUAAUUGGUCCUUUUGUGGCCCCACAAGGCUGGCAGGCAGGGCAGAGCUGGCUGGAGAAGAUGCCAGCUAAUGACUUGGCCCCCCAGCCCAGACUUACAAAGCCUCAUCUCCAUCCCUGGGGACUUGCAGCAAGGGGAAGGUUGAGGAUUGAGUUUGAGCUCCAGCAAGCUAUGUGAACCCCUUUCCCUGCUCAGGAGGGAGUGCUGCUGGUCAGCAGCAUGUGCUGGGAUGGCUUCUAGAAAGGCUAGGGAAGAAGGGCUGGGCCACCCUUCGGGCUGAUGGCCAUCCUCCAGGCUGAUGGCCGCCCUCCAGGCUCCUGGCCAUGCGGCCCAGUACCAAAGACCAGUUCCAGAGAGGUGGCUCAAUAUGUGUCCCCAUGCCCCCCGUUUCCCGAUCUUCCCCUCUUAUAGUCUCCACAGCUUCUCCUGGGCAGUCUACACAAGCUGGUCAGAGCCAGGCAAUUUCCAGAACAUGGAAAAGCUGCUUCUGAGAGAAGGUGAUUUAGGGAAGAAGCACAGAGUUGCACGUGUGCUUCUGGAUCUCUUGCCCUUGGAGGGAAAUUAAGGGCGUAGUGUCCCCAGGACAGUUAGCACAGCAGCUUAGGCUGUGCCAUGGGCCGUCCCCAACUGGGAGAGCCCAGAAAUCCAGAUUCAUGGAGGGCAAUGCUGAGAGCUGAUGCCAAUUCCCAGAUGGCCGGAGCGCCUCUGGUGCUAUGGGGAGAUUGGGCAGGAGAUGGCGAAGUCUUUAGGAGCAGGGGAGAGCAGCUCCACCCUCCAUCCUGGGGGCCUGCCGGCCUCUCAUCCUGGCCCUAGGAGAGAACCUCGAGAUUCUGAGCUAAACUUUACUUCCUGUCAGCGCAUUUAGGGGCUUGUGAGUCAGGGCAUGAAGCUCGGUUCGCCCUCACUCCCAGGGGGGAGCAGAAUACACUGAGCUGGCCGCAGGAUCAGACCGAAGGUCCUUCCCAUUUUGGACCUUCCAAGAGACCCAGAGUGCCUUGGGGUCUGUGUCUUGCCUGUUAGGGUGUAGAUCGUCCUUGAAGGAUUUGGAAGUGACUGAGCUUGCUGGGAGCCUUUCUUUCUGGGUCUUUGCCUCUCUGUGCCCUUUUCACAGGAAGCCAAACCUGCCAGGCCUGCUGAGGGGGGCUUGAGUGGCAGAUGGCCAUGUCCUGGACAAAAUGUGGAUGUUGAAGGCAUGAGCUGGUAGCUAGAGUUUUCUGCAUCCUCAAAGGGUGGCAGUCUGCCUGGACACAAAGCACCUGGUCCUCCUGUAGCUUUAGGAUGACCUGCUAAAGACCAAUCUGGAACCUGGAAUUUCCCCCCACCUGCCAGGGAUGAGCUCUGUCCAGACCCUUAAAUUCCUGCCUCUUAAAAGAGGCUCAUUGGUGAGCCUGUGAUUGGACAGAGUCCACAUUCCCAGAGGUCAUUGAGUUUGGGCUACCCAGCCAGCCUUGGUCCCCAAUCUCCUCCUGAUGUACGUGCUCAUGCACAUGAGUGGGGUGAGGGAGCCUGUGUAUUCUGGCAGUCCCGGGGUCCUCUCUUUGCCUUUUGUGGGUCCUUCUAAGGGACAACAAUCCGCACUUCCCUCUCCGCCAGCCAUGUUUGUUCCCUCCAACACUCCUCCAAUACUCAUGCCACUUAAAUAGGCUCUUCCAACAAUUUCCCAGCUCCAAAAACUUUAGAGGAAAGGAGGCUGAGGAAGAAGAAUAACCAACCUGUAUUUCAUGUCACCUCAUUUGGGAUCAUGGAGCCUCACCCUGAUCUUCCACUAUUGUAUACUGAAGAUUUUAAUAUAGUCUCUCUAUAUAGUCACUGAAUUUGUAUACCUUUUUCCUAAGUUAUAUAAAAAUAACCUAUAUGAUUCUGGACAAAGUUUUUUAACUCUAAAAUAUCUUUAGAUUUGUAGUUACCAUCAAUAAGAACAUUUGUAUACUUUGUAAUAGCUUUUAACCUUCUCCGUAGCACACUGUAAAUACAGAAAUUAAGCACCCUUUAUACGUCAUAUAAUUUUUUUCUAAUUGCAUUAUUCAAGUGAUCUGUGUACAUGGUGUUUCCUCCCAGAAUUUUGGAAAUAAAGAAACAAUUAAAUAUA